AUGGCUAUAUCACUAAACCAAUGGGGAUCAUGCGCCGGCACUAUCGCAUUCACUGCGUAUCUCCCUCACUCCCUCCCAAACCCUGCGCCUUCGGGCUUGACCAGCCCCCUGCAGCCGAACACGUCAAACUGUUGGGUCGCCGGCUCCCCGAUGAAAACCCCGCUGGCUGCUGCCUCCCAGGUCACGUUUGGGUCAAAGGCUAGGGAUAGGGUCGCCGAACAAAACCCUGCAUCCUUUCAUUGCUUUGUGGGUCGGACUUUUGUGCCAAAAGCUCAAGAAGGUCCGUCGUUCGAACCCGACCCUUGUCCCUCUCGACUUCCCCUGUCUAGGCUUGAGCAAACUGACAGUAUCCCAGCCCUCGUGCAACCUUCGGGUGGCAUGGCAAUGGUAGUUGGUGAGAUGGCUCAGCGGUUAGGGAGCAAAUUUACUGACCAGAAGGUUUAUGGUUCGAACCCAACCUCUGCCUCUCGACGUGCCCUGUUUAGGCUUGGGUAA